ACGGGGAGAACUAGGGGGUGGCGGCGACAGGGAGGGAGGAAGCCCAGGAGUCCGCCGCGGGACGGAGGCCUGGGGGAACUGGGAGCUGAGCUUUCUGCAGAGGGCCACUAGGAACCUCGGAUUGCCCACGGAAGCCAGUCCACUGGGAUCAAAGCCACUUUCUUUGACAGUUCGGCCCACUUCCUUUUCUGCCCGGGGAGAAGCUCCAGGGUCUGCCUUUGUGAUCAGAGCAUCUUCACAAGGACCAAAGGAAAAUAAGGUUUCUAGUAAGAACACCGUGAGCACAUCUUUAAAAUGACCCAUUUCGUGGCUCCUACAAGAUUUACACUUCCACACUGAGGCCGGAAGUAGUUUUGCCCCUAUAAAACAUGGCAAAAAGCUUUCUUGUCUCCAAGGAAACGCCACGUAAUGAGUCAAAGCGGUGACGCACGCGCGGAAGUACAAGCCACCGGAAGUGAUGGCGCCCCUACCAACGCCGUGGGUUUAGUACGCGUGCGCAGCAGUCUCUUCCGACAGUUGUGUUGUGCAAAUGGUGGAGAAGAAAACUUCGGUUCGCUCCCAGGACCCCGGGCAGCGGCGGGUGCUGGACCGGGCAGCCCGGCAGCGUCGCAUCAACCGGCAACUGGAGGCCCUGGAGAAUGACAACUUCCAGGAUGACCCCCACGCAGGACUCCCUCAGCUUGGCAAGAGGCUGCCUCAGUUUGAUGAUGAUGCGGACACUGGAAAGAAAAAGAAGAAAACCCGAGGUGAUCAUUUUAAACUUCGCUUCCGAAAAAACUUUCAGGCCCUGCUGGAGGAGCAGAACUUGAGUGUGGCCGAGGGCCCCAACUACCUGACGGCCUGUGCGGGACCCCCAUCGCGGCCCCAGCGCCCCUUCUGUGCUGUCUGUGGCUUCCCUUCCCCCUACACCUGUGUCAGCUGCGGUGCCCGGUACUGCACCGUGCGCUGUCUGGGGACCCACCAGGAGACCAGGUGUCUGAAGUGGACUGUGUGAGCCUGGGCAUUCCCAGAGAGGAAGCACCGCUGUGCACUGCCUGGCCUUCAGAAAGACAGUUUCAUCACCCAGUGGAGGGGGAGCUCUUCCUGGACCGAGGGAGGAGCCGCUCAUUCACCCAACAAAACUGUGUCUUAUCUGCCAGGAAAGAGCAACCUCACUCCUGGGAACGGUCUGGCAGGUAGGCUGGGCCCCCAGUGCUGUUAGAAUAAAGAGCCUCGUGCCGGAA